CACGUCUGGUAUAAAUAUGUGUGGGGUUCCAACUACCUGCUCUGAACUCAUCCGACCUAUCGCAAAAAAACCGACUUGAAUUCUCUAAUUCCUAUAUCGUUUAUCUAAGUCUCUAGAAGCCAGCCUUGCGUCCAGCUGCGAACGACCAUCACACCCAACCGCCUCUCUGUGAUACACAACUCUAUAGAUCCAAUGGAAACCACCAGCGGACCUUACACGACGGAAGAGGUAGAGCGCGGCUAGUCGAACUGGCGCUGGGAUGAUGGUUGGAACAUGCGGUACUACUACGUCCUCACUCCCAAGCGCUGGAUUAUGGAGGACGGGGAUACCUUUACGCUCGAGUCGCUCACUCUGCGACGCGAAGAGAAGCAGGCUAGGGGAGAUAGGGAAGAACGGGCGCGAUGGGAGGCGGAGCAGCAGCUGAUGGGAGACCGGGAGCGCAGAGCUCGAGAGGAGACAGAACGUAAAGAAAAAGAGGCUGUAAAAGCGCGGGAGCUGGAGCAGCAGAGAGCCCGUGAGCAGCAGAGGCAAUUGGAGCACGAGAACGAAUUGAGGCGCCAGCGAGAGAUAAUAGAGCAACAGGAAGAAGCGAACAAGGCAUUAGCCAAGCGCGCCGCCGGCGUGAGAACGCUGACGAAUAGUGUGGCUGGCCUUGACACCGCCUUGACUGGGCAGAACUCGGUUCCAGGAGUGCUCGAGCAGGCGAUCAAUACAGCGCAGAAUGGGGGUGGGACGAGUACGUUUGAGGUGAAGUGGCAGACUCCAGGGAAAGCUCCGGUUGAAAUGAGUCUCAAAGUCGGGCCGGCACGGAAUGGGAACGGUGCAGGGACGGCCGAGAUCGAAGACGCGGGUGACAGCAUUGAAGAAAUCGAAGACGAGGGUGACAGCGAUGAAGAGAUCGAGUGAAGAAUUUGGAGUCUGGUGGCCGUGGAGAUGCUUGUUUUUUCGACGAUAUGUAGAAUGAUGUAUCUUUUACUUUGUAGCUUAAUUUCAUAUAAGCAGGAAAAAUAAUGAGACAAAACGCA